GCUAACCAACUAGACCGCGAUCGUUUAGCCCCAUUACACUAUGCGGCAAGAGGUGGUAAUGUUGAACUCAUUGAAGGCUUAAUUGCAAGAGGUGCAGAUAUUAAUAUUAAAGGGCUAAAUGACAUAACACCACUACAUUUGGCCUCAAAGCAUAACAGAUAUGCAGCUGUAAGAGCACUACUAAUGUUUAAUGCUGAUAUAGAAGCUAAAGAUACAAAUUCUAAUACGGCAAUGCAUUAUGCAGCAAGAGGUGGAAAUGAGAAGAUUUGUGAGGUA